AUGUCUCGACUGACUGUGUGGGCUUCGCGGAACCUGCCGCUGCUGUACGCGCUGCUCAUCCUCUACCUCGCCAUCGUCGUCUACUUGCCCGGGCGCGUCCGCUACAAGCAUAAUGUUAUGCCGUAUUGGUAUCGCAUCCACGGGAUCAUCUCCCUCGUGCUGCUCGUGCUCCUCACCCCCGACUUUCUCAUCUCGAUGGUAGCCAGAGGAUGGUCACGUACAGUCUGCGAUCGAGCCUCAUAUUAUAGCGCCCCUCUCAGCGGCUGGGCCGUCAAUCUCUUCUUCGUCUCCAAGUUGCUCGACUUUGGAGAAACGGUGCUGAUCGUGUUCGACGACCGUCGCCCUUUGCCCAUCCACAUCUUCCACCACUUUUGCACCUUUCACUUCUUCUGGACGAGCAUCGCCGGCGAGGUGGCGCUGCUGAGACCGUUGAUCCUGUCAAAUCUGGGCGCGCACGUCCUGCUCUUCGCCUAUCUGACCCCGCUGAAAUUUUGCGGCAUUCAUCCUUGUUAUUUGUCGGUGGCGUUUAGUCAAUUGGUGCAAUUCGUCGUCGGCUUCCUGGCGUGCACCCAAGCCUAUUGGGUCAUCUACAGCGGUGCCGAGUGUCACGUCAGUCGCUCGUGGCUUGCCGUCACCACUGCCGGCAUCAUCGCCUUUCUCUUCCUGUUUGCCGACUUCUACCAUCAGAAAUAUCUCAAAUUCCGCCAAGAACGCGCCGGCCUGCAAGAGCAAAAAGAACGCGAAAAGGUGGAGCUGCGCGAGGUGCAGGAGCUGCGCAGCUUCGAACGAGUUAACGUUUCCCGCUCGCGAUCGCCACUCACGCUCUCCUCCUGCGGCUCACUCACCCUCUACCGCUCCGCAUCGCGCCACGAUUCA